AUGGCUCAACAAAAUAUUCAAUAUAUUUGUUCAAUUUGUUUAAAAGAUAUUUCAAAUUAUAGAAGUGUUACAAAUGAUCUUAAAUUUAAAAUUGAUAAUUGUCCUGAUAAAGAACAUUAUCAAAAACUUAGACUCAAUAUUGAUAAACUAUAUUCUAAUUUAAUGGAAACUAGCAGAUCUAAUACUCCUACAAAUUUAAUAGAAACUAAUGAAACUCUUAAUCUUAAAUGUUUGCCAACUGGUUAUCAUACAGCUCAUUUACCAUCAUUAGAUGCUUGUGAUCAUUGUACAAUUCCAAUUAGAUAUUCAACUGAAGUUACAAAAUCACGCCAUUUACAAAGCAACACCAGCAACAUACUGACACGACAAAAUCAGCAGGUCCAUGAUCCGGAAGAAGAAAGGCCACCAACAAACGAAGAGGCACUAAAACAAUCAAUCGAAUGCACCAAUGACACGACAUAG